UUUUGGCAAACAACAUCCAUUGCCUACCUUGUUAUUUUGACCACCUAUUUUGACCACCCACUCGUAGCUUGCUAACCCACUUGCUCCCGCUACAACACAUUGAUUUAUAUUUCCAAUACAUCCCCUACUACGAGACAUGUCGGCUUCCAAGCUAGAUCCGAAUCGCCCGGCAAAUCGCCGCAGGGAUACACGUGAGGCUUACAAGGCGCAGACUUCAUUCAAGUCCAGUUCAGGCAAUCCGGGUGCAGGUGUUGAAACAAUCUACGCCGGUGUAGCCGUUGCCCAGAAAGAAAAUGGAACCUUCCAAAUUGCUCUCGCUCUACACGAUGGAACCUACUGCCUCGAUUACGACCUCCUCAACGUGCCAUCCGAUAGAGAAAACGGCUCGUCAGGCACAUCCUCUGAAUCCGGAUCGGGCGUGGCUACACCAGCGUCCUUGGAAGACAUCCCCAAUGAUCUAGCCAAGGUCGUCUUGAAGAAGCUCAGCAGCUUCCGCACCAUCCGGCUGUCUAAAACUAUGGGUGCUGGCUUAACCGAGCGUGUUGCUGAACUGUGUCCUCAGCUGCCCGCACUCCUAUGGAGCGAGCUGGACAUUGUCCCCUUCAUCUUUGGCCCCAACCCAUAUUCCAAACGCGACCAAUCCAGCAUGAGUGUAGACGAAGAAGCUGAUUACAUGUCCAGGAAGACCGUCAAGCAGUUCGACUUGAACGGACUGGUGCCUGUGGUCUGUGGCCAUCGCCAUGUCGUUGCCGUCGAUUGCGAGGGUCGAGCCCUCAUCACCAAUCUUGAGAGUUACGAAGACACGGUCAGGUUGGACACGACGUGGGCUGCAACCAUGAAAUACGCAAACUCGCUCAAGACGAACAAGACCAAGAUUGCCUUCUUCAACAGCACUCCACAAGGUGGAGGUGUGGCCCUGAUGAGACACGCGCUCAUUCGCUUCCUACGCCUGAUCAAUGUGGAUUGCAAAUGGUUUGUUCCCUACGGCAAGCCUACCAUCUUCCGCAUCACCAAAGACAAUCAUAACAUCCUCCAAGGCGUAGCUGUCCACGGUGAGCGUCUUACCCAGCCAAAGAUGGACGAACUCGACGCGUGGGUCCAGCACGAAGCUAAACAGUGCCGAUGGCUGGAAUCCGGUGGUCCUCUUGCUUCUCGCGAGCAGGGAGGUGCCGACGUCAUCAUCGUCGACGACCCUCAGAUGCCAAGUCUGGUCAAGAUCGCCAAGCAACAAGAUCCCACACGUCCUGUCAUCUUCCGUAGCCAUAUCCAGGUUCGUGCCGAUUUGGCUGAUCAGGAAGGCACCCCUACUGCCGAGGUGUGGAAUUGGGUGUGGAACAACGUCAAGGACUGCAAUGUCUUCGUCAGCCAUCCCGUUGGCGCCUUCGUCCCCAAGAACGUUACUCCAGCAAAAGUCGGCUACCUGCCUGCAACCACGGACUGGAAGGACGGUCUGAACAAGCACAUGAAGGACUGGGACAACUUCUACUACAUGCAUCAGUUUAGAUCUCAAUGCUUCCAGGCUGGUAUGCGUCGGCUUGCCUACCCAAACCGUGAAUACAUUGUCCAAAUCGCACGCUUCGAUCCGGCAAAGGGCAUCCCUGAUGUGAUCGCCUCCUAUGCUGAGUUCCGUAGAGAGUACAUGAAAGGCAAGCCCAUCGAGGAGAUUCCGCAAUUAUGUAUCGCCGGGCACGGCGCCGUCGACGACCCCGACGCCGUCAGGAUCUACAACGAGACCGAGGAGCUCUUGGCGAGUGAUGCGUACAAAGAGUUCAGAGAUGAUGUUGUCGUGAUGCGUGUAGGCGCUUCCGACCAAAUUCUCAACGCCCUCAUGCACUCCGCCCACGUUGCCCUUCAACUUUCCACCCGUGAAGGCUUCGAGGUCAAGGUCAGUGAAGCCCUGCAUCAUGGCGUGCCUACCAUUGCCACGCGUGCAGGCGGCAUCCCCCUCCAAGUCCAAGAUGGAAAGUCUGGUUUCCUCGUUGAGCCGUGUGACUACAAGGCGGUUGCCAAGCACCUCCGCGACCUCUUCACUGAUCCUCAGCUCUAUGCUGACAUGUCCGAAUAUGCGGAGAACAACAUCAGUGAUGAGGUCAGUACCGUGGGCAAUGCGCUGUCAUGGCUGUACCUUGCAGACACGCUGGCCCAGGGCGAGAAGGUCGAGCCGGACAGCAAAUGGAUCAACGACAUGGCGCGCGAGAAAGCAGGAUACCCGUAUCUGCCGAACGAGACCAAGUUGCCGCGGAACUACUACCAGGACUUGAAUCUGUCGCAGUAAGUGCGUGCGCAUAUCCGAUCUAAAAUUGGUGGUUUCAUGGAAAGGGGAGCUUGAAAAAAAAAAGUCUUUGUUGGAGCGGUCUUUUGAUUUCGGUCUUUUGUAUAAUUAGUGUUUUGCACAGGCGUGCAUGGUGGCUUAUUGCCCUUCAGCAAUCGUUAAGCAAGUGCAGCGUUAGGUACUGUUAAAACAACUCCUCUCGUUUGAAUCUAGAAAACCCCACCGAUCGCCUUGACAGUCAUCCCCAACACAAAAUCAACCGUCACAUACCGUUUUAUUCAUCAACAGGUUCAGCCCAGGUCGCUCUGUCCCUUCUACGUGUCACUGUUCUAUCUGAAUCCGUUUGUUUGGUCUUGUCUUUGCCUUGUUGAAUAGUGGAUGAGAUUAAGAAUCACAUCUCAAACCGGUUUCGUAUUACCGUAAGUUGUUCAGCUGUUCUUCCACUACGC